GCGAGGGGCCUGUCUCGUCGCGAGAAGCGGCGGCUGAGUGAGUCUGCGCGGACAAACGGAAGUGUAGGUGACUGUCCGAGACAUCGCCGCCAAGCUGGGAACCGGGGAGAUGGCCGAGACUGACCCCAAGACCGUGCAGAAUCUGGCAUCGGUGGUGCAGACCCUCCUGCAGCAGAUGCAAGAUAAAUUUCAGACCAUGUCUGACCAGAUCAUUGGAAGAAUUGAUGAUAUGAGUAGUCGCAUUGAUGAUCUGGAGAAAAAUAUCGCAGACCUCAUGACACAGGCUGGAGUGGAAGAACUGGAAGGUGAAAGCAAGAUACCUGCCACACAAAAGAGUUGAAGGUUGCUAAUUUACACUGAAAUCUGGAACACCUUUUUUCCAAGCCAAGAGAAGAUUGAAUGGCUUUUUGCAACUAACUACUAUGUGUAGACAGGUUUUAUAUUAUAAAAUGUGUGUUCUUAUCACAUACUAUAUGGUUAGAUUUUAGAGUGAUUUACCCCCUAGUUGCUUGAACAUGGUAUCUUCGUAUCUUGGACCUUGGUCAGUUGUGCUAUUAAUUAUUAAACACUAAAACUUUGGCAGUUCCUACAAAAAAAAAAUUGUCAAAUUUUUUAGUGUAUUUUUGUGAAGUCAUUUUUUUCCUGCCAUUCCUUUUAUAGUAGUUGCUCUUUGGUAAAAGGCUGUGUAAUUUUUUUAAUUAAACAGUAAAUUCUUCA